AUGACGGUACGAGCAUAUAAUAUAUCAAAAUCAUAUUUAGCAGAUAUCGUUAAGAAAGUUAAAGAGCCUUUAAGUACGUAUACUCAUGAUCCCAAUAUUGGCAAUAGACGAAUUUUUAGCCAAGAACAAGAGGCCCAACUUACAGAUUAUUUAAAAAGAUCGUCGAAGAUGUGUUACGGACUCACAACAACCCAGGUUAAAGAGCUCGCUUACCAAUUUGCAGCUGCGAAUCAUGUCGCACCUGAAAAGUGGAUUGAGCAACAAAAGGCUACAAAGGAUUGGUUUCGAGGGUUCAUGAAAAGAAAUCCAUCAUUAUCGUUACGCAAACCAGAAAAUUCGUCUUUAUCCAGGGCUACAUCUUUUAACCAAGAAAAUGUUGGUAAGUUUUACGAAAAUCUAGCAAACGUAUUAAAUAAAAAGAAAAUUGAACCCCAUAUGAUAUGGAACCUUGACGAAACUGGAUGUUUAACAGUGACUAACCCGCCAAAAGUAAUUGCAACUAGAGGGUGUAAACAAGUUGGACAGGUGACAUCGACAGAGAGAGGACAGUUAGUCACUAUGCUUGGAUUCAUUAAUGCUUCUGGUGGCACUGUUCCUCCUGUGUUCGUGUUUCCUAGAGUCCAUUUCAAGGAAUUCAUGCUACAAGGUUGUCCAAAAGGAGCAUUAGGUUUAGCCAAUCCAAGUGGUUGGAUAACUGAAGAGAGUUUCUACAGGAGCAUGAUACACUUCAUCAAGUAUGUGAAGCCGUCUGAGGAGAACCUUUGUUUAUUACUAUGUGACAAUCAUUCUAGCCACAUAACAAUUGACAUUGUCACGUUGGCUAGAGACAAUCACAUAACAAUUUUGACGUUUCCACCUCACUGUAGCCAUCGCCUUCAGCCGCUGGAUGUUUCGGUAUAUGGUCCUUUCAAAGCCCGAUACAGGGAGGCCAUGAAUGCAUGGAUGAUAUCUCAACCCGGAAAAACGGUACCUAUAUACGAAGUGGCUCAAUUUGCCAACACCGCGUAUGUCGCCGCAUUUUCUAUGGAAAAUGUUAUUGCGGGGUUUCAGAAAACUGGGAUACACCCAUUUAACAAAAACACAUUCACUGAGGAUGAUUUUUUGACAUCAUUUGUCACUGAUAGACCUAUGCCUGAGCUUCGAGAUGCUGAAGUAACAACUGAUGACGCCCAUGGACUUGGUGCUAAAAUUCCAUCAACUGUCGAUGCUCCUCCAACAUCUGCUGAUAUCCUGUCUACCUCACCUUCAUAA